ACUCUCAGGGGUUUAUUGAUCGUAGCCAAAUUAGGUUUGAGCAUUUGGUGACUUUGGUCUCAAAACUCUUAAGAAACACCACCUUCUCCUCUUAAUACCAGGCGGUGGUGGGAAUUGAUGGAAAUUUCCAAAACAAUGGAGGUGGUAAUGGCAUCAUCAAAACUAGAUGCAGGAAUAAGUUGUUUUGAUAUUGAAACAGGAGCAGAACAACUUCGUCUCAAAUCAUGUGCUUCUCCUCCUCAUGGUCUCAUCAGCUUAUCUGAACGCUUCUUUGUCUCCUCUCAAGUUCGCGAAUCCUCCUCUUCUUCUUCUGGUUCUAUCCUCCACUGGUCCCGGGACAAGCCUGUAGCAGAUGUUAAAAGCUUUCCUGCUGAACCAAUUAGUCCUCUUGUUUCUAAUUCUGACGGCACUUAUAUCAUUGGCGGUGGUUGCUCUGGUAACAUUUACCUCUGGGAGGUUGCUAGUGGAAGACUACUCAAGAAGUGGAAUGCUCAUUAUAGAGGUGUAACUUGUUUGGUAUUGUCUGAUGAUGAAUCUCUUUUGAUUUCCGGGGCUGAGGAUGGAUGUGUCCGUGUCUGGUCUCUUCUCAUGAUAUUUGAUGAUAUUGGAAGGACGGCCGCCACACAUCUGUAUGAACAUAACUUUUCUGAACAUACUCUAAAGGUGACCGAUAUUGUUACAGGCCAUGGGGGAUGCAAUGCAAUUAUUAUUUCUUCAUCUGAGGACCGUACGUGUAAGGUUUGGAGCUUAUCUAAAGGGAAGUUGUUGAGAACAAUAGACUUCCCUUCAGCGAUUAAUGCAGUCGCACUAGACCCCUGUGAACACAUAUUUUACGCUGGUGGUAAGGAUGGCAAGAUGUACGUUGUGUCACUUACUGGUGAGAACACCUCUGCGAGCAAGUAUGGGAUGCAUAUAGUUGGAGCAUUAUCUGAUAACAGCAAUACUGCUGUCACUUGCUUAGCAUUUAGCAAAAGUGGAGUCCUAUUAGUCUCUGGGUGGGAGGACGGCAGAAUUCGGAUUUGGGACACAAAAAGCAAGCAAAUUGUCCGUAUGCUGCAACACUCAAAAGGUCAAGUCAGCAAUGUUAUUGUCGUCCAUCGGCCACUCAAUUCGGCCUCUCAGACAUCAAUGGCAACACAAUCAUCGGCAUCUAAAAGGAACGCAUCAUUGCUACCACCACUGGAUAAAUAUGUAACCUCAACAGAUGACAAUGAUGACUUUAAGACUGUUACUGCAUCUCAACCUCCUCUUUCUAGAGUUACAGACGCUUUAUACUGCAGUUCUGAUGUGAUGAAAAGUCAAAUAAAAGAACUCCAGCAAGAGGGUUCGACUGCUGCUUCUCAACUGGAAUUGGAUAGACUAAGGGUAGAGUGCAAAAGAUCUCUGCAGAUGUCCGAGCAAUGGAAGAAGAUGCACGGUGACCUGCAUCAGUUCUGCGCAGACGAAUUAGUAGAUUAUGGGCGAAAUGGGUGUGCUAAAUAAAAACAGUGCUACCUGUGGCCCAGAGUGAUCAGAUUUUGUACUUAUAAAUUGCAGAGUCUUGUGCGUGCAACCACUUGUGCUAUUGAGCGUUACAUACAGUGGCGUGGGCGGGUGGUCCUGGUGGACUUGGUGAUGUAUAAUGCCUCACCGAGCAGAAAGAAACAAAAUUAAGGUAGAAACUCGCAAGUGCUUGCAGGAGUCGUCCCAUUGUUGUCAUUUUGUUUUUCACUAUUUCCUCGAAAUACCAUUUAGACUGGUAAGUUUAACAUUAUACAACUCUAUCUAUCGUGUAGCUGGCUGUAUACCCCACCACUGUCAUAAACACAACAAGCUCUAGUUCAGAGAUGAUAAUGUAUGCAAAAUUAAAAGGUUACUGAGAUGCAGAAAAUUACCUGCUACUAUUAUGUAUCAAGGCUUUAGCUUAGAACUUCAAAUUUUCAUGGGAUCCCAGUGAAACAGAGUCGGCCUUGGUAUUACCAUCGGAGCAGAAGAAUGCAGUAGAAGCAUGAUAACCGGGGGAGAUAGUUAAUACCAUGAAGUUGGCUAUCAACUAGGCACCUGGUUAUCGCGGACACGUGCCAUCGUCGGAAUGGUAAUACAGUGGGUCCAAGUAGGAGGAAGGGUUAGAAAAUUGGAAUACUCAUUUA